ACUCCAGUACGAGUAAUAAUCCGAUUUACUUUUGUUUCGAGAUCUCACAAGGCUACAUCGCGUUUCCCUUCACCAAAGAACAGAUCUAGUCUUAAUUGCACUUAUAUUUGAUGUUUCUCUUUUCAGCGGUUGUGGCUAGUUUGUGUGUGUGUGUGUGUCUGUGUGUGUUUGUGUGUUCUGUAGUAUCAGUUCCACUCUGCUUGCUGCAGAUGAAGCAGCACUGUUCAGCUCCACCGGCGGCUUUACAGUGUAAACCUAAAAAAUCGCUUCGUUUCUUUUUCAAGUGGUCACUCCGAGAUGAUCUGGGUUUGUUAUAGGGGAUGCGAGGAGUCCAGCACUGAGAGAUACCCGGAUACGGUGUCGACUCGAUCUCAGUGUCUUCCUCAGCCAUUUUCGUCAUGGAUUUGAAUUUUACGACUGGGAAUAAACCUGGAAUAAGGUGCCGAUGAUCCUUUCUCGGAGGUGUUAAACAAUUGCACUGGGGCACAUCCUGGAUCAUCAUGACUCUGGGGGGAAAUCAGAUCAGGGUAAAGUUGGCUUGGGCCGAAAAAUGAGCUAUAGAAUAAGCAGCUCUAGGGUUCAGGUUAUGCUGGAAGAACACCAUAGGACUCUAUUCGUGGAUCUACCUGCUCUAUCAGACUGUGUGGACUUCGCCAUCCCCUGGCGUUCUAUGGAUUUGCUAUACUUACCUUUCUUUAAGGACUUCACGGAUUCUAUAAACUUUCCCGGUGAAGUGUGUUUUGUGCAGCAUGAAUCCAGCAGCAAAGUCUCAAAAACACUGCAGACAGAUCCAAAGGGAUGCCUAAUUAUUACCAUUUCUUUUCCUGCCCCUUUUUAUGAAUCGACCAUGGACCGUGUGCUUUGGCAGCUGCUGGUCCUGGUUAUGACUGUGGUGGUUGUUCAUGCAUGUCCCAAAUACUGUGUGUGCCAGAAUUUGUCAGAGUCUCUUGGGACACUGUGUCCUGCUAAAGGCCUUUUGUUCGUACCAACUGACAUCGACCGGCACACAGUAGAGCUCCGUUUAGGUGGAAACUUCAUCUUACGUAUUUCACCGCAGGACUUCGCUAAUAUGACUGAAUUAGUAGAUUUGACGUUGUCCAGGAACAGCAUCAGUUCCAUCCAGCCAUUCUCCUUUGCUGACCUUGAAACACUGCGCUCGCUGCACAUGGACAACAACCGCUUAUCUGAAUUGGGACCGGAUGAUCUCCGAGGACUUGUAAACCUUCAGUACCUAAUUCUAAACAAUAACCAGCUACGCCGCAUUUCUGAACAUACCUUUCAGGACUUAGUUCCAGCAAUCGAGGAUCUUGAUUUGUCAUACAAUAACCUGCAGACGCUACCCUGGGAUUCAGUGCGUCAGAUGAUUAACUUGCACCAGCUCACUUUGGACCACAACUUGCUGGAAUACAUUCCUGAAGGUACCUUUACUGACCUGGAGAGACUUGCACGUCUGGACCUGACCUCGAACCGGCUACAGAAGCUCCCACCAGACCCAAUUUUUGCUCGGGCACAAGAUUCUUUGCAGGAAUUGGUGCAAGUCUCUACACCAUUUGCACCACAGCUUUCACUAAGCAUUGGUGGAAAUCCACUGCACUGCAACUGUGAGAUGCUCUGGUUUCGAAGGCUGGAGCGGGAAAAUGACUUGGAAACUUGUGCUUCCCCUUCAAAUUUGAAGGGCCGUUACUUCUGGACCAUAAGAGAGGAUGAGUUUAUAUGUGAGCAGCCCCUUAUCACACAGCACACGCACAGGCUGUUGGUUUUAGAGGGCCAAGCUGCCAGCUUAAGAUGCGAGGCCACUGGAGACCCGACUCCCACAAUUCAUUGGGUAGCCCCUGAUGACCGUCUCCUUGGCAACUCCUCUCGGAUUGUAGUGUACAGCAACGGCACACUUGUUAUUACUAUUACUACAUCCAAAGACUACGGCACAUUCACAUGUAUUGCUGCCAAUGUUGCCGGUGAAUCCACAGCUUCAGUGGAACUGUCAAUCGUUCAGCUGCCCCACAUAAACAAUGGAACUGGACAACCCAAAUCUCGUCUCUCUGAUAUCACAGGAGCCUCAAAGGCAACGCCCAAGAGCCAACCAGAAAAGGACAAGCCAGUUUGGGUUUCUGAGGUGACCGCAGAUUCUGCCCUCAUCAGAUGGUCCAUCAGUAAGGCUGCACCUAAAGUGAAAAUGUACCAGCUGCAAUACAACUGCUCAGAUGAUGAAGUGCUCAUUUACAGGAUGAUUCCUGCUUCCAGUAAGGCAUUCCUAGUAAACAACUUGGUCUCUGGAACCCGUUAUGAUUUGUGCAUCUUGGCAGCCUGGGAUGACUCUGCAACUACGUUGACAGCUACCAGCAUUGUGGGUUGCGUUGAGUUCUACACCAGAGAUGAUUACCCACAGUGCCAUUCUCUGCAUGGGCAGCUACUAGGUGGCACGAUGAUCCUGGUGGUGGGAGGUGUGAUUGUGGCUACAUUGCUGGUCUUCAUCGUCAUCCUAAUGGUGCGCUACAAGGCUGGUGAGGCAGGGACAUUGACUGCAGUUGGGGCUGAGCUUCCUGUUAGCAAGUUAAGCGACGUUGGAGAUACCUAUUCGCAGACCAAUGAUGGGCAUCUGGGUCAGAAUGGAGUCUUUCUUACUCCUUCAAAUUCCAAAGCCAAACUCAAAACCAAACCCAAAGUGAAUCUACGAGACGAGGUAGUGGAGUUUAAAUGUGGCUCUCUUCAGAGUAGUAUGAGCUCUCUGUCCUCAUCCUCAUCCUCCUCUUCUGCUGGUUCUUCAAAUGCCUUGCACACCUGCAGCCCCAAUAGUGCUUUGGCCAAUAUCUGGAGGUCAGCAUCUCUCAAACCUCGAGGAAAUCUGGACCAUCUGUUGGGGGCUAUUAACUCUCUGGAAAUUAAGAGCCAGGCACCUUUGGGAAACACCAAAACUGGUCGUGCAAUGGCAUCAGCAGUGCCCCCAAAUGAUAAGGAGCCAUUGCUGGGCCGGACAUUGGACUCCAAGUUCAGACGGAGUCACUCGUUUGAUGCUGGUGAGUUUGCAACAACAAUUAGUGGCGUCUGGACAAAACGUAGCCUCUCCAUCAACGGAAUGUUACUCAAGGAUGAUAUGGCUAACAGCAGGGGCACUCUGGAGGGCUCAGAGUGGGUGAUGGAGAGCACUGUGUAAAUUGUGUACAAUAUCUUCAAGCUGACAUCCUGCCCUUGUGUGACAGUUAAAAAAAUCAAGGGAAUUAGGGAAAUCUUUUCUCAUGCAUGGAAUUACAUAUCUUUUCAUCGAAUAUAAAACAUAUAUUCACUAUACAACAUGCUGUAUUGGACAGGCAGUUGUAAGCGUUAUGUUCUGGUGAAUAAGUGCAUUUGUGUGGGUGUAUAUAUGUGUGUGUGGCAUAACAGAGUAUGUGUUGAGCAGCAACUCAGCUUCAUGAAUGAGAAAGGUUAGGUCAUUUACCCUCUGGAUUCUGCCGUUCAUCAAAGUCAUUAUAGUGUGACCAGAUACAUGACUGUUAAAUGGCAGUUAAUAAAAAAGAAACAAAAAACCUGCCAACGCUUUCUCUGCUGAAGACUACUGCAAGUUCAGUCUGUACAGAAAUAUAUCUGUGGUAUAAAUAAUAUUUAUAAAUUUGUUGAAUUUAAAGUUUUAUAUUUUUAUCUCAACAGUGUCAUACCUCUCUUUUUCAAAGGGAAGAGUUAAAAAAAAAAAAGCCACAGAAUUUUCAUACCUGUAUUUUUUUUUGGCUUCACUCACUAUUCUCUUCCUUUUAUCCCACUCAUGUUCUUAAGGACUCAUCUGCAAAGAGCAGUAUUUGAAAGUUUCUUUUGAAAGAAUCACAAAUCUCAAAUUCAACUUUUUACUGAAUAUUGAAGUGUAUUACACUUUCUGUCACAUAGUAUGUAUACAUUUUCUUUGUCCCCAUAUGUACAAAGGAGUUGGAUAAAUACCAGAUAAUUUUGCUGUAAGAAAUAAUGUCUGUAAAAUAAUAAAGUAUUAAGACCCUCUAAUAAAUUCAUGGCUACUAGCCAAGAAACACUCAUCAAGCCAUUGCACAGUACAUACAUUUCUGUCAUGCCCUGUAUGUUAGAAAUUCCUCUUAUUUUAAACUGUACAUUCACAUAGUUUCAAAUGAUGCCAUAGCGAACAGAGAAGUCUACAUAUGUUUGACAAAGCUUAAAUUAAACAUAUCAGGACAUUGAUAUAUUGCAUUUAAAAUAUUGGAUUUUUAAAUAAUUAUUAAAUGCCUUAGAGUUACCUUCAGGAGCCAGUGAUAGACAACUCCAAAGCCAAUCAUCGCAAUCUAAUCAUAUGUGCCAGAUGGAUGUGUGAAAAUGUCACAGUCCAAAUCUGCUGGAAGUGGCAGACAUUAAAUUGGAGACACACAGGAGUGGUCUAUGAACUGCUUUCUUGAAAUGAGCAUGCUUUGCAAAAGCUUAUUAUUUUCUCAUUGCCAUGAUUCUCAUUCCCAGUACUGAGGUCUGAGUCCACUGCAUAUUUUUUUGUGCAUUUCUUGUCCUAACAUGUUAUUUAUUUCAUGAAGGACUGGAAGCAAGUGUGCCCAGCAAGCAUACUCAAUGUUCUCUUAACCCCAAACCUACUUAUGAUUGGUGUCCAAUGUUAGCUAUUUUAGGAACAACCUAUUAUUCAGAAAAAACAUGGGAGAUGAUUGGCUGAUCACAACUAUAAGAAUUUGAUGUAAAAGCAUUCAUUAGUCCUUCUAGUUGGGGUUAACAAAGCAAGAUUAUGCAUCUUAACUAUAAUUGCUCAUUAAUUAUAUUAUAUAUAGUUUUGAGUAUGUAUUCAUGGAGAGUUAGACACCCUGCUUAUUUGUCAGCUACAUUGGAGUUGAAGCUUCACUGAAUAACCAGUGAUACAAAUGUAUAAUAUCUAGCAUAUUUUGGUUUGAUGAUUUUGAUGAGCAGAGUUUCCACCAUUACUGUUUGUAUUCAAAUUAAUUAAUUAAUUAAUUGAAAACACCAGUCACCUCCUUAAUUACUAAUAAAAACCAACGUGUCUGAAAUGUUGAAGACUCAUAUACAACAGUUUGCAUGGGAAUGAAUUAAUAAAUUAUUUAUGAAUAAUCCAUUAUUAUGAAUUAUUAUUAAUAUCGAUAACAUCACCUUAAAAAAAUCAAAAUCAUAACAAGCAUGUGAUGUAAUGAGAAUGCAAUGAAUAAUUUUGUUACAUACAAAAACAAGAAAAAAAGUUAUCUACUCAUGCUAUCCUUAAAAUACAGUAGUGAGCCAUGCAUUUCACACCAAGUCUUUCAGUGGUGUAUGAAUCUGAACCUGAAUCAAUCCGCCUCUUAAUAUCAUAAUUAUCAUGCCACAGCUAUAGAUAAUUUCUAGCAAAAGUAUCAAUAUUACCCCAGGUUUUCUGUGCAAUUUUUGUGCAUUUUCCUGUGCAUUACGGUUUCCUGGGAAUUUGAAGUGAAAGCAAAUUGUGCUUUUUUGCUAAUUCUACAGGAAAGAAAACACGAUGUGUAAAUCGUUCAUCGUUCAAGAACUGUUAUGAACUAUUUUAGCUGAUCUUUUCUUACGAUGUCCAACUUUUUGUGAGGAUUUCUUGUUAAAGUCUUUGUAAGUAUAUCUGCAAUAAAAGUAUAUCUGCAAUUAAUCAGCUAUUAAAUCACAUUCCAAUCAAAGGAUAUGAAAUUGCAGACAUUAUUGGGAACCUUCUAGAUAGCCUCGGUGUCACAAAAUCGCAAUCUGAUUGACCAAAGCAACCGCUACAAGUAGCAUGAACUACGCUGCAGGCCCACAGGUGCUGACUGUAAAGGCUAAAGUCAGAAAAUACCUUUGACCCUGUCAACACUUGAUGUGAUGGCUGAAAUCUAAAUAGAUAGAAACUCCAACGUAAACGCUCCUAGCAGCAGCACACCCAAGAGAAAAGCUAUGAAAUAAAAAGAAUAGACUACAUAUUAAAAGUCAAUGAUUCUGACUGAGUUUAGGCCAGUAGAGAAGGCCUUGCUGGCCCUGCCGGCCCACCACUCUUAAAACAGCAUUUCGUACAAUAAAUAAAUAAAUAAUUCAAAUAAAAAUGAAAAAAGAGCAGAUCAUUGCUUGUUACUUGUUAUUAAUAUAUUACUAGUUAAGGUUAGAGUGAGGUGGAGUUAAUACUUGUAAGUCUGACAAUAACCUAUCAAUAUGUUUUGAUCGCUCACACUAAGUAGAAUUUGUACUAGGAAUGUAACUGAAUAUUAAUACAUUAUGCUGAUUGAACAGAUAAUGUGUUCUAGUGUCUCACACACUGUUUCUGCAAUGGCUGGUUGAGACUGGAAAUAUGCCUCACGACUAGCAAAACUAGGAUGCUAGUUGGUAAUUAUAUACAGGCACAAUGAAUCAGAUGUGAAGGUUGUGGGAUAGUGGUCAUGGUAGUUUAGCUACUAGUUUCUUCAGAAUGUUUGGUAAAUAGAACCAAUUAACUCACUAAACAUGUUGCUACUAAGACAUGUGCAAGUAUAAUAAUAAUAAUUAUUAUUUAAAAAAAAAAACAUUUCCACAGUCGUCUUGAAUUAUGAACCUGAGUGAUGUAGCUGAUGUCGAGGAACUGUCAGAGCCAGGAUUCCCACAGACAAUAACGGUGCUAGACACAAACACAAACUUUGAUUUUCUCAGUGUUCUAGUGGGAGCAUUCAUAUUUGAGGCAUAUUUUUGGCCAUAACCACUUUGGGUUUGGUACAGAGACAAAUAUGUGUGCAUCUAACAAAGACACAGAUUAUGUUGUUGCUUUACAUUACUACAAAUUCUUUGCAUGGUUGCAAUACAGCGGUGUGUUUUUUCUCAAUAAACUCAUAUGUAGACUUCUCUCAUAUUUUGGAAAUUUUGCAGUUUUUAUCACUCUUUUGUCACACAAUUACACAGUCAUAUUCACACAAUUUAGACUGGCUGCUUAACACUAAAAAAAAAGUUUGAGUUUUCUUUGUGCACUUGUUUGAGAAUGUGUAAAAGGAAAAUUGUUUUACUUUUAAGGGACACUAUCUAAAGAAGGGUAUUUUCACUGUGUUGCGUUGCUGUAUCUAUAGAAGUCUUGCUAACUGGGAGACUUUGUUUACUUGAUCAGUCACAGUUUAAUUUUGCUACAAAAAGGCUAAAUACUAAUUUGUUAUUUGUAAUUUGUAUUUGUCCCAAGCCUUUAUCUCCCCCCACCAUCACAUUCUCUACUGUUUUGUAACUGAAUUAUACAGUUGAAUUCUCUAUGAAUAAAAAGUACUUAUAUGAUUAUAAAA